AUGAUAAUUUUGCAUACUGUUUUCAUACUGUUAUCAUACUGUUUUCAUACGGUUUUCAUACUGUUAUCAUACUGUUAUCAUACUGUUUUCAUACUGUUAUCAUACUGUUAUCAUACUGUUAUCAUACUGUUAUCAUACUGUUUUCAUACUGUUUUCAUACUGUUUUCAUACUGUUAUCAUACUGUUUUCAUACUGUUUUCAUACUGUUAUCAUACUGUUAUCAUACUGUUAUCAUACUGUUAUCAUACUGUUAUCAUACUGUUUUCAUACAGUUUUCAUACUGUUUUCAUACUGUUAUCAUACUGUUAUCAUACUGUUAUCAUACUGUUAUCAUACUGUUUUCAUACUGUUAUCAUACUGUUUACAUACUGUUUUCAUACUGUUAUCAUACUGUUAUCAUACUGUUUUCAUACUGUUUUCAUACUGUUUUCAUACUGUUUUCAUACUGUUAUCAUACUGUUUACAUACUGUUUUCAUACUGUUUUCAUACUGUUUUCAUACUGUUAUCAUACUGUUAUCAUACUGUUAUCAUACUGUUUUCAUACUGUUUUCAUACUGUUAUCAUACUGUUAUCAUACUGUUAUCAUACUGUUUUCAUACUGUUUUCAUACUGUUUUCAUACGUUUGCUAGAUUUUGAAUUACAGAUUACAAUUAAGACAGACAUGUAA